UUAUUAAUUUAUUUCACCUUUUCUCAAAGCAACUUAUCACGCAAUACGGCAAUAAGGAGAGAAAGGUGCGUAGUAUACGUCAAGCGUAUUAUAGCAAUACAUACAUACAUACACAAUUCAUUCUCCUGAACAACAACAACAACAACAUUCCUCUCUCUGCACUUCAAUCAAAUCCACAACUCUCAUCAAUCGCAUCCAAACGAUUCUGAGGACUGUGAUUUGGGAUAAAAGACAAAGCUUGGCAUCAUGAAAUUCAAGGAAGGAAGUAUAAGUAAGGUUCAUAUAAAUAGCAAAUAUACACACUGCAAGAAGCGUUUAAACGUAAACAUAAUUUCUGGCUCCGAAGAGAAACAAAAAAACUCUAAAAGAGAUUCCUACAUGAAAAGCCUCCAGUUUGGUGCACAACUAGACAAUUUACAAGAAUCGCAUAUCGUUUCUGCAAGAACGCUAAAACGAGGAUCAGCCUAUUUAUCUCAAGAUGAGGUAAACGUAGGGACCUCCCUUAAAUUCAAGAUCACUCAAAAAGAAGGUAAACGUCUCCGCGUAAUCACCACGUCACACGAAAAGGUAGACGCUGACGUGGCAAGAGAAGAUAUAAAUAGUGCAUACAGAAAAACCGCAAAUGAUGAUCGUGAGGAUGAUAGUGUUACAUGUUCGGUUGGUAGUUGCAGUAUUAACCGCUAUAGUGACCAUAACAUCCAAUCUAAAUCAAAUGCUUUUGAAGAUACCGAAAGCUAUAGUAGCGAUGCUGAGUCAGCAUGUCAAGGCGGAUACGAAGACGAGAUCCAUAGGUUAGAAUUGCAGGCGUAUCGACAUACCAUUGAGGCGUUACAUGCGUCAGGACCGUUAACUUGGGAAAAAGAGACAAUGGCCCAAAGUUGGAUGCUUGUACACCUGGCUUAUGAGUCUGUAAGUUGAUGUUGGGUGCAGUAUAACUUUGGGCUUUCUUCAAGGUUGAAUCAUCAGUAUCUCAUGAGUCAUGGCUACCAAUUGGUUCCAAGAUAUGGUUAGCUUCUUUUAUCCAUGAGAUUUUCGGUAUUUACUUGGCGAUGGGUAAGGUCUUUUGAAUCCUGAAAGUAUAAAUGAGUAUGUUGUUAAAGUAACAAUCUACAUUGAUUAAUAAAGUGAUUUACGAGUAUUCGAAAACA